UCGCAGGCCAAACCCGAGAAUUUCUCGAGGCUACAGCAAGAGCACGCGAGGGCUCUAAAGGGCUCUCAAGAGACUAUCAAAAAGUGGGAGCAGUUCAAGUACGACUAUGAGGUUCUGCAGGCGAGACUGCAUACUCUUCCAGACAAACUUACCCAUGACAUCAUGGUGCCGUUUGGACAAUUUGGGUUCAUGCGGGGUCAUCUCUACCACACUAAUGAGGUAAUGGUGUUGCUAGGAGACAAUUGGUUUGCCCAGCGGACGGCCAAGCAAGCAGUCGAAAUUGCCGAACACCGCAAAAAGUAUGUUUGUGAAAUGUUAGAGAAAGAGAAGAAGGUGAUGGAGGAUCUGCAGGCCAGGAGUAGCUUCGUCAGCGAGCUCUCGGCUGCUGCCUUGCAGGUGGCCCGAGACGGAUUCGAGAUCAGAGAAGAAUAUGAUGCAGAGGAAGAGGCCCGCAGGAAAGAAAGCAAAAGGAGGGAGAGAGAGAGGAGAGGUAUUGUUGUUCCUCCGCCUCGUCCCGCAUUUCCCAGGCAAACUGGAGUCUUGUCGAAGGGGCAGGGAGAGGAGAGAAAGAGGGAGGAGGGAGAGGAGAGAGAGAUGAAGGAGGGAGAGAAUCAGAGAGAGAUGGAACUGUGGGCAGCGCUGGAGAAGAAAGAGGCAGAGGAGGAAGAGAAACGGGAGGAGGGGGAGAAAGAGGAAGAGGAGGAGGGGGGGAAAGAGGAAGAGGAGAAGGAGUUGAAGGGAAGAGGUUCAGUUGAGAGGGGAAAGACACACCAAGCAGUGGCUACCAUUACCUUCAGCCACACAGCAGGACCUGAUACAGGGCCGUCUGUGAGGCAACACAAAUCACACACACACAUAUACAUCAUGUCAAUCAACCCUAUCAUAAUUCAGGACGUCAGUACCAGUGGGGUGGAGGAACUAGUUUACUCCACUCCGGGGGAUAUUGCCAGGUGCCAUGGGGGUGUUGCUCCACCUCGAGAGACUGGGGAGGGGGAGGAGGGUGGGGGGAAGAGGGGUGUGAGGUGGGACCCUAACUUGGUCAGACACCAACAGGAGAAGUCAGUAGCCACACCGGCCGAUGUUGAGCCGUUGCAGGUGCCAAUCUCUCAACUGGUGAGGGAGAAGGACUCGCUGCCACCUAAUCAACAGGUCAGUUCUCGGAAAGUUUCAAAGUUCAAAUUAUCGCGCAGCAGCAAUUAGUAUACUCGUCAACAUGAAACUGAACAUUUGCAGUGAUGCACACAAAUCAGCAUUGGAAUGAUAAUGAUAUUGAUUGAAUAGUAUAAUUAUAGGGGAGGUGAAUGUUGCACGGUGGAGACUGUAUGUAGUAAUUCAAGUGAAGGUGGAAAAGUCAGUAUUGUAAUGCAGUCAAAAUGCUGCAAAACUUCAGAAUUCAUUAUUGUAGCUCAUUGUCAGUAUCAACUAAUAACACGGAGGAAAAAUCGCUCUUCAAUCUCCCGCAUCGUCAUCGUCCAGUCUGGGGUUACCAUCGAAAACGUCAUCAUUUCCCGUUUCUAUGGACGUCUGCGAGAUGUCGGAAUCGGAAAGACGGAAGUUACGCAACUGCGUCUCGAGCGUCUUGAAACUCAUCCGCUGGUACUCGUAAAAGCUCCAGCAUCCGCCCUUCACCAGGCUGAAGAGCUUGUCGGGACAACAAUCGGGCCGCUCCAGGAGUUUCCCCCUCCGUACCAUCUCCAUCACGGACUCGUUCGUGUUACCCCAGUACGGCUGGAGCCCGAAACUAAACACCUCCCAGAUCACCACGCCAAACGCCCACACGUCGGCCUUUGUGGAAAACUUUCCGUAGAUGAGUGCCUCGGGGGCCAUCCAGCGAAUUGGGAGAGUGUUCUCGCUGUUAAUGCGAUAGUAGUCACUGGAGUAGAGGUUCUUCGACAUGCCAAAGUCGGCGAUUUUCACGACUGGCCCCCCAGUCCCCGAGCUCACCAGGCAGUUCCGAGCGGCGAGAUCGCGAUGGAUGUACUUCUCUGACUCCAAGUAGGCCAUUCCGGAGGCGAUCUGCUUGCAAAUGUCGAGAAGAUCGGUCACUCCGAGUGCGGCCGUAUCGUCAGAGAAGUUUGAGGAGGAUGAGGAGUUCCGCGUGCGGGUCCUCUGGGGAGGGUUGUACCGUCGCUGGGCGCUGCUUCCAUGCUCUCUGAGGUACUGGCAAAGGUCUCCCUGGUCCAUGUACUCAAACACCAUGUAGUACGGAAGUUCGUCCAUACAAACGCCGUAGAACUCCACGACGUUCGGGUGGUUAAACUGGUGCAGUAUCUUGGCCUCCCGGACAAACUCCUCGAUGGACUUAUCGCUCUCGUCCUUGCUCUUGAUGGUUUUGACGGCAACUUUGACAGUCUUUCCAGUCUCCUCGUCGCUGUUGUUUCUCUUUAUCCAGUCACAUUCUCCCUGGAACACUGUCCCAAAUUGACCCUGGCCGAUCUCCUGCAGGUAUCGGAUCUUGCUUCUCAAUCUUCCGGAACGAUUGCGUAAUUUCGAGUAACGCCGGACUGAGACCAGUUUCACGAUCGUCAUUUGUGUAUCCGUUUGAGUAUCCCACUAUGUUCUGCCUCGGGCCCACACUUUCCCUCUUCUGUUGGCUGAGUUUCCACCAUCGACCGAACAGGAUGCCUGACAGGACGACCAGUGCUACUGUCACGAGCACGGUGGCCAGAAUACUCCCGACUAUAACACCGGAUUGAUCCCGCGUCAGCUGUGAUGUGAUAGCACUGGUCGUGGGAGCUAGAGUUUGAAAGAGAAAAAAGAGAGAG